CGCGCCCCCCUCCGGCUUUCUUUCCCCCCGCUGGGGCCGAGGCCCGGCCGGGAGCAGAGUCCGGUUGCCUGGCGCGGGCGGUGUGUCUGCUUCCUCUCCGAGUCAGCCGUCCCCCGCCCCGCCGCGGCCCUCGGUGCGCCCGGCCGCCUGCGCCCCCAGGAUGCUGUCCAGCCUGAACGCGUGGCUCUGGCAGGAAAGGCUCUGGCUACCGCCAAACUGCACGUGGAAGCAGCUGGAGGACCGGGAUGGCCUCGUUUUCGCCCACCCCCACCACAUGCUGGCGGCCCUGCCCUUGGCACUGAUCCUGGUGGCCGUGCGCAUCGUCUUUGAGAGAUACGUGGGCCUGCCCCUGAGCCGGUGGCUGGGAGUGAGGGAUCGGAUCAGGAAGCAGGUGAAGCCCAACGCCACGCUGGAGAAAUACUUCCUCGGGAUGGGGCGGAGACCGAAGGAGCCCGAGAUGGCCCUCUUGGCUUCCCAAUGUGGUCUCACGCUGCGGCAGACUCAACGCUGGUUCCGAAGGCGCCGAAACCAGGAUCGGCCCUGCCUCUCCAAGAAGUUCUGUGAGGCCAGCUGGAGAUUUGUCUUCUACCUGUGUACCUUCUUCGGUGGCGUCUCUAUCCUGUACAACGAGUCAUGGUUGUGGACUCCAGUAAUGUGCUGGGAAAAUUACCCACAACAGACCCUGAAGCCAAAGCUGUACUGGUGGUACCUCCUGGAACUGAGCUUCUACAUCUCACUGCUGAUCACGCUGCCCUUUGACAUCAAGCGCAAGGACUUCAAGGAACAGGUGGCGCAUCACUUCGUGACAAUCGCCCUGAUCGUCUUCUCCUACAGCACGAACCUGCUGCGCAUUGGCUCUCUGGUGCUGCUGCUGCACGACUCGGCUGACUAUCUGCUGGAGGCCUGUAAGAUGUUCAACUACACGCGCUUUACAGCAGUGUGCGAUGCGCUCUUCAUCAUCUUCUCCUUAGUCUUCUUCUACACCCGCCUCAUACUCUACCCCACCCAGAUCAUCUACACCACAUACUAUGAGUCCAUCUUGAACUCGGCUCCCUUCUUUGGCUACUACUUCUUCAACACCCUUCUGAUGAUGCUGCAGGUGCUACACGUGUACUGGUUUGGUCUCAUCUUGCGCAUGCUCUACAACUUCCUGAAGAAGGGUCAGAUGGCAAAGGACAUCCGCAGCGACGUGGAAGAGUCAGACUCCAGCGAGGACGGGCUGGCUGCAGAAGGUUCGCAGCUGAAGAACGGGGUGACUCACGGUCCCGGGGCAACCCCUGUGGACGGCCCGAGAAGCCGGGCAGCCAGGCUGCUGGCUAAUGGGCACAUGCCAGCCACAUAGCCAGCCACGAACCGGCAGUGAGGGGCUGCCCCCAGCACCGGGGAUACUGCGGGGUGUCUGGACUGGCAGCCUUGAGCCAACGCUGCAGACAGGGAAGCCCAACCCCAGCUGGGCAGCAGGGCUGAUGAUCUGUCUCCAGUCCUUCCCUUCCCUCCAUCCCUCUGGGCAACUAGACAGAGCCAGAAGGCAGCAGCAGGACACUGCCGCCAGCCAGAGCCACGCCCAGGCUGCAGCCUGGUGGCCCUGGGAAGCCCUGGAUGAAAGAGGUCCAAUAAAACCUGAAUGGAGCUGAA